AUGUUAGACGAGAGACUGGAGAACAAAAAGAGGAUCGGGAACAUAGGCGGGCAAGAAUGGGACGCAGAGAAAAAAGCUCCUUACUUCUUACGGAGUCCUGACCGCGCGCUGCUGGCCCUGGAGGGAGAGUCUGUGAAGCUGCGAUGUAAGGCCUACGGAUACCCCAAGCCUUAUCUAGUCUGGUACAAGAACGGAACACAGAUACACGCACAUGAGAACGAGAGAUUCAAAAUCCGGAAGAACUCACUUGUAAUUUCGCGGGCGGAAAUCGAGGAUUCUGGACGGUACAGUUGUCACGUGUACAACCAGCACGGGCAGGAGUGGGUGCACUUCACCUUGUUUGUCGGCAAGGAGAAGCAGAAGCUCCAGUGGAGUGACCGGAUGAACUUCGUGCGUCUGAAGCUGGGCCAGGCCACCUCGUACGUGCGCCUGGAGUGUCCGGCCAAGGGCACGCCGCGGCCCAACACGCGCUGGCUCAAGAACGGCAUCCCUGUGGAGGAGAUGGACGACGAGCGGCUCACCAAGAAGAGGUGGAGCCUGUCCAUAGCAGACCUGGUGCUCAACGACGCCGGGAACUACACGUGCAUCGUCUCCAACGUGCAUGGUUCGCUCAACUGGACGUACCAGCUGGAGAUUGUCCAUGGGCACAAUUGAUGACAGCAAUCCUGAGGAACUUAUUAUGUACAAUGUCACCAAAGAAGAUGAGGCUAAAUAUACUUGUCUGGUGCAGAAUGCUAUCGGCCCUGCAGCGAGAUCAGCCUAUCUCGUGGUGAUAGAUGAUGAUGACAAAAGGGUUGGUUCAACGGCAGCGAGCGUGUCUCAGGAAAAGAGCACUUUGGUGCCCAUUGUGAUCGUGGUGAGCACGGCCAUCUUGCUGAUGCUGUUGGUGGUCGGAGUGCUCUUCUGCGUGUACAGGCACUAUAAGCGCAAACACAGCAUGGUGCAGAGACACACCAAGAGGAUCAUCAUUAUGAAACCUAACGAUUUGUACUAUCACAGUAAAGACCCAGAUGCCAUAGCGCCUCUGAUGGUGCCUCACGUGCGUAUGGUGGAGGAGCCUUACUCCAGUGGCAGCCGUGGGGGUAGGCGGAGGCGACUUUCCUCCGACACCACGGAGCUCUCCGAGUACAACAUGCCUCUGGACGCCAAGUGGGAGUUUCCCAGGGAAAGACUAACACUGGGCACACGCUUGGGUGAGGGUGCCUUUGGUCUAGUGGUCAAGGGUGAGGCUACUGGCAUCUUGAGCAACAGCACGAGUUCGGUGACCGUGGCUGUCAAAAUGCUCAAGAAGGACGCCACAGACAGAGAAAUGAUGGACCUCAUCCGUGAAAUGGAGACGAUGAAACUCAUCGGCAAAAACAAAAAUAUCAUCAAUCUCUUAGGCUGCUGCACCCAACGAGGACCCCUCUAUGUUAUUGUGGAGUUUGCCCCUCAUGGAAAUCUCCGAGAUUUUCUGAAAAAGCACCGACCUCCCAAUCCCAGUUGCCCGCCAUCUUCAACGGAGUACGAGCAGCCCAUAUUGUCUGGUGAUGGAGAGCUCAAGGCCCUGACCCAGAAAGACUUGAUAUCUUUCGCCUUUCAAGUAGCCAGGGGCAUGGAGUAUCUGGCAUCCAAGAAGUGCAUCCACCGAGAUCUGGCUGCAAGAAAUGUCUUGGUGGCAGAGGACUAUGUCCUCAAAUUGGCUGACUUCGGUUUGACGAGGAAUCUUCAGCAAUUUGAUUAUUACAGAAAAACCACUGAUGGACGAUUACCAGUGAAAUGGAUGGCACCAGAGGCGUUAUUUGACCGAAAGUAUACAUCCAAGAGUGACGUCUGGUCAUAUGGAGUUCUCUUAUGGGAGAUCUUCACUUUGGGAGGCAACCCUUACCCUUCUGUGCCAGUGGAAGCACUCUUUGGUCUUCUCAAGGAAGGACAUCGGAUGAAGAGGCCACCCUAUGCCUCCACAAAAAUGUAUGGCAUAAUGGAAAACUGCUGGCAAGAAGAUCCGGGCAAACGUUCUUGCUUCAAAACCUUGGUUCAAGAACUGGACAGCAUGCUAACGUCAUCAUUAAAUGAUGAGGCAUAUCUCCACUUGGAACCGUUUGAAAGCCCAAUGAGCACGUCCGACUCCCAGUAUUCCUCGAUGAGCCACAGCAGCACCAGCAGUGCCCCAAGCUGUGGUCAGAGCUCCGGGGAUAACUCUGUCAUUGAGUGACCUCCCAGACCAGCACAUUGACACACGGACAAUCCCACCACCACACAGACUUAGGGCUGCCCUCAAGUGUUGCUGCAGGAAAUUCAUGAGGAGAUUCAGUUUCGUGUUACUGGUAAUGGAAUGAGUGCUGAGUGCAUUUGUCUCAGGACAGUCUCUCCAAACUACAUGAUUUCAAAGUGGAUAAAACUAGGGUCAUGUGUGCGUCCGGCUUCAGGACAGAAGUCGUUGACAUAAGCACCCGCAGACAGAAUGCUGAGAAGGACAGUUUCAACUCUGAACUGGAAUGAGGAAAUUAUUCUCCAGCUGCCCAUUUAUUUCUUCACGAAUUAUGAUAAUGGGACAGAACAAGAUGUGUUUCACUUUCCUCUAUGAAUAUCUUGAGCUCCAGACCACAGGUUCUCAUGAUAAGAGCAGAAAUUUUCUUUUUCCUAAGUUUGUCUGCUUUCUGUUCAGUAUUUCUUGGGCUUCUUUUACUUAAUUCUGAAUCGCACUGUUCUUUGUUCUGAAACACACUGCUUGCAUAAAAGAGAGUAGCAGUUUGUAAGUAUUAUCAGUAUUACUUCGUUUCAACUUCUUUCCUAUCUCAUGUCUGAGGACUGCCAAUUUAGAAUGUCAGUGCAGUAAAGUUGUAAUGGAACGACACAGAAAGCACAGAUCUCGGUGCAGCAUCGAUAAAUAUCCGACAUUUUCUUCAAGAGUAUGGAAAUAUAGACAGUGUAUAUAUUUAUAGAUCUGUCUACCUGUGUACAGUUCCUUGUGAUUUCCAGCAUCUGUAGAAAUCCAAAAAUCUCUUCACAUCGGUGACUUGAAAUCCAACACUUUGAACUUUACAAUAUUUUACGUGAAGUUUUUGGGUCUCUGAGGACAAUGAGAAAAAAAUGAAAUCACAGAUGAUUGGUCUUUAUUUGGAAGAGGCUUCAGGCAAGAAAUGUCAUAUCGAACAGUGGACUUUGCUGGGGCCUGAACUGAGCUGUUGUCUUAUACUUAUUGUAUCAAGCACUUUUGAGACUCAUCUGUCUUUUGAGAUUGUUCAAAAUCAUUAGUGACAGACUAUGUCUACCUUGGGUAGUGACAAUGUUUGUAUGAGUCUUUUGUACAACUCUGUAGAAUAAGGAGCUCUUCCAAAUAUAGUGCAGUGUUCUUUCUAAAGGUGAGAAAACUUUGUACUGGGUUUUGUGUGUGGCAAGACUACUUGAAAAGACCAUAUCGGCCACCUGUGGGCAUAAUUUUACAGUGUUCUGUAUGACUAAAGGUUCAUGGAAUCAGUGUAUACAAAACGCUAUGGGAACUUUCAGAAAAGGUUUGCUGCAAAUACAAACUCAUCAAAAUCUGGAUUAAAACCUUUCUCUGCGAUGAGACUAAACUUUGCAGGGAGAAAAACCUAGACAGUCUGGUGACAUUACCGCUGCUGGAGGAAUCACAAAAACUCCUGUUUUCGAUAAACCCACAAGCUAGCGCUUGUUUAGCUCAGGUAGUGCAUACAGACUUUUGCACACUGGACACGCAUCGGUGUGGGCCAGAGAGGAGAGAGAGGCAACAAGUGAAGGAAUCACUGGACCUGAAAACAAUCACAAGGGCAAAAGUUACAUACUACUAAUGUUUUGUAUCAGUUUGUGUAUAAAUAGUACUGUUUGUAUUUGAUCCAAGUGGCAUAUAUACUUUGUUAUGUGAAAUAUUUAUUUGAACAGGCCGUUAUCAUCCUCCCUUCAUUCAACAUUUGUGAUUGGUGGCACAGCACAAUAUUUAUGACUGUCUUGUAUCAGGAUGAUGUUUCACCAGUCCCUUUGGUUUGUUUUGCUAACAUUGUUCAUGUUACUGUUGAAUCUGCAUGUCGUUGGGAUUGUGCUCCGACAGAACUGCUCUGAUGACAACUUCAACAAGCCGUGUGUUCAAGACUUUCAGGGCUAUCUCUCACAUUAGUCAGCUGUCUCCCAUCUCAUACUACUUUUUUCAUCAGUACACUAACUUGUAAUUCAUUUUCAUACACAUUUCGAACAACAUAUUAAUCUUUAAUCGUAUAUCAGACUAUAUAAGACAUAACAGAUGUUGACUAUUUUGUACGAUUUCAUUUUGUGUGCAUUGUCAACCUUAACAGAAAAAUCGAUCAUGUAAAUGGCUCCAGUAAGUAAUACUUUGAGGGGUGCUAUGCAAACCAUUGGGUUAAAUAAAUGUCUGAAAAAUUUUCUUCCUGGUUACGUCUUUUCUACGUUGCCCCGUGAAGAAACUACCAGAAUGCAUUCAGAGGAAUUUCUUUAUGGCUUAAAUGUACUUCUUCACCAAAUUUCAGGUCUGUUGACCAUAGAUUGGGCUGUUAUUGUUUUUGGGGUGAUGUCAGUCUAAGUGGUGACAAUCUUGAAUAGAUUGAAUGCAUUAUAUCUCAUAGGAUAGUGACUUGUAUCAAUGAAAUCACAAGAUCAAGCCAUUAAACAUUAUAAGAAGUACUUUCUUAAGUAGUGACCCCUCAACUUUGAGUCAACAAGCAUUUUUUAUUCAAAGAGCAAAAUACAAAUUCAAAAUUACCACAUGUAUUGAAACUACACACAUGCCUUGUAGAAACUGUAUACAUUUCACAAUAGGGCGCUAUACAGGCAACACAACUGUCUUGUAUUAUAUCUUUAUACACUUAGUUCAUUUCAGAGCAAUUUUUUGGUAAUCACUCUGUGCUGUUUAUUGCUGAUUCUAGACAUUGUUUAUCAAAAAUGUACACUCAUGAUCACCAGUUCAUGUCAUAUGAUGAGUGGGACCUUAUUGUGGGCAUAAUCACAAGUUGAUGCUGGUUAUUACAUUUUAGAACGUUGAGUUGGAAUUGUUUUUGUGUAAAGAUCAUGGUGGUUUUUUGUUUUUGUUUACACAUUGGUGUCAUUAUGGAUAGAGUUGAUGGCUCUUGAGAGCAGAAAACAUAAAUUUUCUCCUCGUCAGCAAUCAGCAAUUAUUUCUCUGUUGCUUCACUCAUUAGAAACAGGAUACCUCAAAAAGGAAAGUCAAAUUGUUUUGCAAAUAAAUGGUAAAAAGCUUUUGAUCAUGUUUUGGAAGUUAAAGUGGGAUCAUGUAUAAUAUGUGCUAGUACAUGUUUGUCACUUUGUGUCUUUGCACUCAUUUCAUCAGAUUUGUUUUCACUGUUGGAAUGUGUGGACAUUUGUACAUAAAAAGGAAGGUUCAACGCUGUGUACUUGUGUGCAGAUAUGUAAGUGUGUACUUCUGUGUAUGAGAGAGAAAUAGAUAUAAGGAAGAGGGAAAGGAAGAAAUGAGAGAAAGGAAAAUUAUGUUGAGGGAGCCAAAGUGUACUAAAGAAUUGCCAGCAUAAUUGGCAACUACUUAUGCCAGUAUAUAUGUGAGUUACUGUAUGCUAAAUUUUGUAUCAUAAUUGCUGUUGAUUUUAAAGAAAUUGUAUUAAUUUGUCUUAGAGUUUCAUCAGACAUUUCAUGACCUGAUUUUUAUUCCCAUUGAUAGGGACAGCUUUUUUAAAUGGCCAUACUUCUUAUGAAUACUUAAUCUUAUGCACUGUUCCUUCAUGCUCCUACUCUUGAUCUUUCCCUAAGGAAGGGUUUUAAUUUUGGAAAUUAGAGAUGGGACAGUUGGGAUUCUGUAUUCUGACAGUUUGUGAAACAGGUGAAUAGUAGAAGUAAAAUGUACUUUGUCACCAUACACUUUUCCUCUAUUUUUCAACAUUUGCUCUUCAAACAUUAAGUAUCAUAAGUAUAAUAGUUCAAAGAUAAUAAAAGUUAGACUCUGAAGAUGCCCUUUGUUAAUUUUAUUUUUUUUUAGUUCGAAAUCAAGAUGAAAUAAAAACUAAUUUCUGAGUAACAAAUGAAAGAGGUGCAAGGAACUCUUCUCCCCAAGUUCUUCCCCUCCCACUUACUUUCUGGAUUUAGUUAAAUAAAACUUUAUAAAGACUAACGCACAAAUACAGCACAUUCUCUUGGGUUUAUCAAGAGUGUGGGUUCAUGAAGAUGGAUGUAAAUGAACAGCAAUCCUAAAGUUAUUGACUAUUAUAAUGCUGCGCAGAAAAUUGUCUUUUCUUUUGGUCUGGAGCAUAAGUCUGGUGAAACUCGCUCUAAAUUAUGGUUUUACACAUCUGAAUAAUAUCUUUUGCUGAUAGUAAUUUUCGGAUAGAACUUCAGAGAUUCAGAGAACUAAAUUACUUUCAAACAUUUGAGAAUUUUGUUUGUUCAUGAAAAAGCUACUGAAGAAGAUUUUGGAAAAAGAAUUGUGGGAUCUUUAGUCUUUUUAAAAGAUAGGUUUAAUAUAAUAUUGGGGUUUUCUGUGGAGAAUCUUUUAGAGGCGGUGGAAUAGAGAUACAAAUGCCGUUACGAUUUUGGCUUCUCAUAUAAAUAAGAAAGCCCAGCAAGUUGUACUCGUGUUGUUAUUAUUGAUACAGUUUGGGAAAGUGGUCUGCCGUUAACAUUGUGAGUGAGGCUUGUUUGUGUGAACUUUGUUGUCCUUUGCUUUUGUUUUCACUUUCAUGUUUGAGCAGAUGACAUUUUCUGUGGCACAUAGGCCUACUGCAGCCAAGUAUGGGAUGAAACUCCUGAUUCUUCCCUUUGUUGAGUGCUUUGCAUUUAUUAGAAAUCUCCCGGAGUAACUCUCAUGUUGAUCACUGCCAUGAAGCUUAUUGCUCUGUUUGCCUCAAGCAAAUUCAGCAUUGUUUAGGCUGCCUUGUUGUAAACAGUUUUUACUUGUGUUGACAUUGUGUUGUUCAUUUUUUACCUAGAACAGCAAUUCUCACUCAGCCCCUUAGUGGUCCCCAGCCUUUUAAAAAAAAGAAAGAAAACAAUUGUUUUGUUUUUAAACUUGAAGAUAUUUAUUGUUAUUUUAUUGAAAGUCAUGACACUGCCUGCAUAUGAUGUUGUCACAGAUGUAUUUCUGUUUUGUGCAUUUUUACAUGAUCUGGUUACAGACCUGUAUUUGUUUUGCGAAUUUUCACACAUUGUUCUUAGUUGUGUUCCAUGGACGGACGUUUUAUGAGUUCUUUUACAUUGUCCUUUAGACAGCUUUUUGUUCAGAUCAAAGUUGAGUUAGCAUGCACCUAACUUUUUCAGCUGAGUCUAGGUUUUAUCUCAGAGAAAGAUUUUCUUUCAGUAUCCUUUUAGCAUUUUUAGUUCAAAGUUAUGGUCUUCACCAUAUUUUUUUUUUUACUCAUUUGGUUGUCUAGUUAAAUGUUCUAGUAAAGGACAAGAUAGACCUGCAUUUUUUGUAGAUAUUUAAUGAAACAUUUUCAUAAUUUUGCUAAAUGUUAACCAUGAAUGUUUCAUUUUAUGUCCUCCAUUCUCUCUUUUUUUUUUCUUUCUUGCAAUAUGAACAUUCUGGUUGGGAAAAUAAAAAUGUAGCUUCUGACAAGGCAGGUAAAUAGACACUAGGCAUGUACACAGGGGGGCAUCUCAUUGAGUCUAUGAACAUGAAGACUUUUGUGACUGAUGUGAAAGCCAAAUAUGCUCUAAGUUCAAAAUUUGAAGAUUUGAUAUCAAGCUUUGAUAUCAAGAUUUGAUCUAUAUAAUGUGAAUGACCUAGUUAUAAAUCUGUAGUUACUUACCUCAUUUGUUCCCUUAGCACAACAUUUUUUGGAUGCACAAGAUCAAGUUUUUUUCACCUAUAUGUUUUAUGCAGCAGCGGUUUAUAAACAUGCUAUAUUUACAUAAUUCUCUCCAGCUGCACUGCUCUAAAGGUGCUGCCAGAGUCAAGCAUUUUGGUCACAUACAACUCGAUUUGUUGAAAAGAUGUUUCCAAUUAAAGUACUGUCUUAUGACAUAAAUAAGCCCGCUGAAAAAUGCUAAACUUGAGAUUCUAUAGAAACUUAAAAUAAAACUUGAGUUGGCCGCAUAAUCCUUACAAGUUGUGCGAUUCUGCUGGUCAGGCUGGCUGGUGUAUGUGAUGUGUACCUGGGUGUUUGCUGCAAUGUAGACAGAUGUGUCUGUGAAGUUUGCUAGGGCUGUUUGUUUCUGAAUAUUCUUUUGAAUCUUGUGGGUGGAUGCUACUAGACCUGUUCAUAACCCCAGCCAUAGGUUUCAAGUUUUUACAAGUCAGCAGUGUGCAUUUCUGAUGUUGUUCAUAAUUGAUAGAAAAAGAGAAUAUUAUUGCCUCAACAAAUGUCUGCCUUCAUCAAGCAGAAUUUUUUUUAAUCAACUUUUUUUGUUCAGUUUUGUUUUUCAUUUAUUUUAUUACCGUGUCAGAAUCACAUUUGCAUUACUUUUGCAUUAAGUUGUGUACAUUAUAGCUGUGAUUGUAUGCACCA